AGCGAGUCCUCUUACAUAACAUGCCCUUGGCACUUCUUCUUGAGCUGUCAACACUUUGGGAGGGUCAGAACACUAAGAUCUCGUCUCAAAGCAGCCACAAACAAACACAAUAAUAAAGAAGGACAACAGACACAGGGAAGCCAGGACUUUAAUCAAAAACAAACCCCCCAAAACAAAUAAAAAAAAAAACAACCAAAAACAUCAAAGCUGCCAAAACAACCCCAAAGUGGAACAAAGUGCAAACCAGCUGCAGGGGAGGAGAAGGGGAGCAAAGACCAAGAAUAACACCAGCGCACCAGCAACUCCUUGCAGUUUUGUAACGAGCUGCUCUGGCUCUUUAAAAACUUGCAGCCCUGUGCAGUGAUAAUAGUAUUUGGAGAGCUACAAGUGGCUGAGGGCAGGUCCAAUAAGCGCCCUCAGCACCUCCCCCCCAAGAACUCUGGUUACAAAUCCUCGCUCUUUUGCCCAUGACAGAAAUGUAUAUAAACCCCCAGAAAAGCAGAUGCACUUGAAAAGACAGGUACGGGGGGCGCGGGCUGGGUAGCCCCUCCAAGGGCGCUGGAGUUGGCGAGGCUGGUGCUGACAAGAGCGCGCUCCUGGGGGUUCCCGACAGCUGGAUUACCGGUGCGAGCGGCCUUGGGGGCAGGUUGUGAUUGUUUCUUUCCCCCCCUCGCACGCCUGGGUCAGGCUGCCGCUCUGAAACUGACCACCCCUUUCGGCAGCGCCCGGGAUCAUGCUGCGGCUGCUGGGCAUCUUUGGGCUGUGCCUAGCUGUCCUGCCCUCGCUCGGCUCCCCCCUGGAGAGCGAGAUCGUGACCCCGCUCCGCUUAGACCCGGACAUCAACGGCCGGCACUAUUUCAAAAGGGGCCCGGAGGAGCCCAGCCCCCAGGGGGUGAUUUUCCAGAUCUCCGCUUUCCAGGAGGAUUUCUACUUGAACCUGACUCCGGACGCGCAGUUCAUUGCGCCCGCCUUCGCCAUCCACUACCUGGGCGCAUCCCCCAGCGCGGCCAGGGAGCGCCCCGACCUCAGGCACUGCUUCUACUCCGGGGAUGUCAACUCCGACCGGGAAUCCUUCGCCGCCCUCAGCCUCUGCGGGGGGCUCCGGGGGGCUUUCGGGUACCGCGGGGCUGAAUAUCUCAUCAGCCCGCUCCGGCCCGACAGCGGGAACGGGGCGCGGAGGAACAGCCAGGGCGAGCACCUCUUGCAGCGCAGGGGCGCGCCCAUCCAAGCCGGAGACCCCACCUCCAGGUGCGGCGUGGGCUCCAGCUUGAACCCGGCCAUCCUGCAAGCGCUGGAGAAGUACAAAGGCUCCCAGCCGCCGCGGAAGAAGCAGCUGAACGAGACCAGGCUGCCCAGGAAGAGCGGCCGCUCCAAGCGCUUCGUCUCCAUCCCCCGCUACGUGGAGACGCUGGUGGUGGCCGACGAGUCCAUGGUGAAGUUCCACGGGGCGGACUUGCAGCAUUAUCUGCUCACCCUCCUGGCCACGGCGGCCAGGCUGUACAAGCACCCCAGCAUCCUCAACCCCAUCAGCCUGGCCGUGGUCAAGUUCCUGGUGAUCGGCCAAGACGACAAGGGGCCCAAGGUCACCGGGAACGCGGCGCUCACCCUGCGGAACUUCUGCGCCUGGCAGAAGAAGUGGAACAAAGUGAGCGACAAGCACCCCGAGUACUGGGACACCGCCAUCCUCUUCACCAAGCAGGAUUUGUGCGGCGCCACCACCUGCGACACCCUGGGGAUGGCCGACGUUGGCACCAUGUGUGACCCCAAGCGCAGCUGCUCGGUCAUCGAGGACGACGGGCUGCCAUCUGCCUUCACCACGGCUCACGAGCUGGGGCACGUGUUCAACAUGCCCCACGACAACGUGAAGGUCUGCGAGGAAGUCUUCGGCAGGUUGAAGACCAACCACAUGAUGUCACCCACGCUCAUACAGAUCGAUCGCGCCAACCCCUGGUCGGCCUGCAGUGCCGCCAUAAUCACCGACUUCCUGGAUAGUGGGCACGGGGACUGCCUGCUGGAUCAGCCCAUCAAGCCCAUCUCGCUGCCGGAGGACCUCCCUGGGGCCAGCUACAACCUCAACCAGCAGUGCGAACUGGCCUUUGGCCUCGGCUCCAAACCCUGCCCCUACAUGCAACACUGCACCAAGCUCUGGUGCACGGGGAAAGCCCGAGGUCAGAUUGUUUGCCAGACGCGCCACUUCCCCUGGGCUGAUGGCACCAGCUGCGGGGAGGGGAGGUUCUGCCUGAAAGGCGCGUGUGUCGAGAGGCAUAACAUCAGUAAGUACAGGGUGGAUGGCAGCUGGGGGAAGUGGACCCCGUACGGCCAGUGCUCUCGGACCUGCGGUGGGGGAGUCCAGCUAGCCAAGCGCGAGUGCAACAGCCCAGCGCCUGCCAACGGAGGGAAGUACUGCGAAGGUGUCCGGGUCAAGUACCGCUCCUGUAACCUCGACCUUUGUUCCGAGUCAGGGCUAGGAAAGAGUUUCCGAGAGGAGCAGUGCGAGGCUUUCAACGGCUACAACCAUAGCACCAACCGGCUCACCGCCACUGUUUCUUGGGUCCCGAAGUACUCGGGAGUCUCGCCUCGGGACAAAUGCAAGCUCAUCUGCAGAGCUAAUGGCACGGGUUACUUCUACGUAUUGGCUCCUAAGGUUGUGGACGGCACUCCCUGCGCGCCCGACUCCACCUCGGUCUGCGUCCAGGGCAAAUGCAUCAAAGCGGGAUGUGACGGCAAGUUGGGCUCCAAGAAGAAGUUUGACAAGUGCAGCGUGUGUGGAGGAGACAACAAGAGCUGCAAGAAGGUCUCGGGCUUGUUCACCAAACCCAUGCACGGCUACAACUUUGUGGUGAUCAUCCCAGCAGGAGCCUCCAGCAUUGACAUCAGGCAGCGGGGCUACAAGGGCCUCAUCAGCGACGACAACUACCUAGCUCUGAAGAACGGCCAAGGCAAGUAUCUGCUGAACGGGCACUUCAUCGUCUCGGCUGUGGAGAGGGACCUGAUGGUGAAGGGCAGCGUGCUGCGGUACAGUGGGACGGGCACGGCAGUGGAAAGCCUCCAGGCCUUCAAGCCCAUCCAGGAGCCGCUGACCGUGGAGGUGCUGUCAGUGGGGAAGAUGACCCCACCACGCGUGCGCUACUCCUUCUACCUGCCUAAGGAGAGCAAAGACGACAAGUCCUCUUACCGGAAAGAUGGGAAAAGCCCGCCCGUGCUUAACAACAACGUCCUGAGCGUGUCCAACCGCUUGGAUCCGGGCAGGCCGAAUUACAAACGCGUGUCCUACAAGUGGGCGGCUGGUGGUUGGGAGGCCUGUUCCGUCUCCUGCGGCAACGGGCUGCAGAAGCGCUCCGUGCACUGUCGCGACUCCUACGGCCAACUGGCCUCCGCGUGCGACGCCGCCCAGCAGCCCGUCGAUGUCAGGAUAUGUGGCGACCCCUGCCCCACGUGGGAGGUGAGCCCCUGGUCCCCCUGCUCCAAAACCUGCGGCCGGGGCUUCAAGAGGCGCCUGCUGAAAUGCACGGCACGGGCCGGCCAGCUCUUGCCUCGGGAUCGCUGCAACCUCAGGAAGAAGCCUCAGGAGCUGGAUUUCUGCACCCUGAGGCCGUGCUGACCCUGUGGGUGCUGCUUCCAAAGAAGGCCUGGUGUCUCUCUGGCUGGAGAUUAAUGGCUGAAGGCUGAACAGCAGCUGGGGGGAGGGAGAGGGGGAGCUGUCUGAGGUGAGGGGUCUGUUACAUAGGGCAUAUCAGCAGACAAAAGGACUUGUACGCAGGGCGAGAGCGUGCCCACGUGAGAGGGGUGUUAUAGAACAGGUUGCUCAGAGAUGAAGUAAAAUAAACAUCUACCUCGAAGCUGCCAAACUGUCCAGGCUCCCUCCCCAUCCAGAGGAUGCUAUGGGCGUGGUAGGAACAGGAUCGGUCUCUGGGGACUGCUCUCCGGGAUCGAACAAAACAUCAAGGACAACAAGAGUGUGUUUCUGUAUCGCCAUGGCCAGCCUCCCUCAAGGCUUCAAAGGGUCACGCCCCAACCCCUGAAACACUAGUGCUAGAUGGGACCAAAAGGAAUUACCAUUGCAAGGAUGACAAACUAUACUGCUUAACGACCGGUGCAAUAAAGUGCUGGGGUCUAUUACGAACCGAUGCCUUCAGGGCUUGCUAGCAAUGACUCCGCAGCCGAUGUGUUGCUGCUCUCCAGACCUGUGCAGCAGCGUUGUCAUGCAGGGCUGUACGCCGGCCACUGAUCGGCGGCUUUUGCUUUUCAUGUGUAUGGACCGAACAACGUAGAUUCUUAUGGUGCUUAAUAUCCAUAUUUUUAUUCUCCUUCCUCGUGGUUUACGCAAACCCUGCGGACCUGGGGUAAUUUUGUCAUUUCCAUUGGAUCCUCUCAGAAGACUAUGCCUCUUUAUAUGGUGCUUUGAGAAGGGUGUGUGAAGGGGCAGUGUACCCCUAAUACAGCGUGGGUAUGUAUUUUAAAGAAACCUCUUUUGGCCAGAUACCAUUUUACACUUAGGUCCCUUUUUGCUGUGCAAAUAGUGUAAAGGUGCCUUAAAACGAGCAUAAAUUGCAUUCCCGUGACCCCUUUACGCGGCUGAAGCUUAAAGGGAUCUCGGUGUACGUGAAAAUAUGGCCGCAAUUCUAGGAGGUACUGCACAAUCGUGCCCCACCACAGUGCUUCCUGUUGGAAGAAUGAGACACGCUGCCAAGAGCAUUGUAUGCGUGACUGCCAUGGGUGGCAAAUACUGAGUCUUUUCUCAAAAUGGUGCUCCGUGUAUGUCACUAACUGUCACUCCGUGCCCAGUACUCGCACUAUCCUCCACUCUCUUCUCCUAACGUCUUUGUUCAGGGUUAUUUCUUAGGGCUUGUCUACACUAUCGCGCGGGGUCGAUCAUGAAUAGCGUAGCUGAAGUCGACGUACUUAGAUCGACUUACCACGGUAUCUUAACUGCGGUAAGUCAACAGCUGACGCUCUCCAGUCAACUCCGCUGGCACUCUUGGUUCUGGUGGAGUAUGGGAGUUGACGGGAGUCGAUUUAUCAUGUCUAUACUAGACGCGAUAAAUCGACCCCCGCUGGAUUGAUCGCUGCCCACCAAUCUGGCGGGUAGUGUAGACAAGCCCUCAAAAACACAGAGCUCUUCGGUGCUGAAAUAUAAAAGAAACGGGGACUAACUCUCCUUCCAGCAGAUGUUUGUAUGGGCCUUUCUGGCCUUCAGAUAUAUGCCACGUACCCUGCUUAAGCCCAUCCCUAUGUUUAUGGGUGUGUCUAUCCUGCAAUUGAGGCGCGUGAUUACAUCUUGUGCAGACAUACUUGAGCUAGCUUUAAUCUAGCGAGCUCAGGUCCCUGAGCAGAGACGUUGUAGUCAUGCAUGCUUCAGCCCAGGCUAGCCUCAGAGGGGCCCAGGAAGGUUUGGACAACCUUUGCUGAAGUACAAGCCAGCAGUUUCAUUUCUCCAGGACCCAGAUUAGAUAGAUUGAAGGUACCUUGGGUAGGUCAACUCAAACUAUAAUCACACCCUGCGAUUGCAGUGUAGACAGACCCUAAGUCUGCAAGUGUUCCCGCUGGCAUCAAGGGGAGAACUCACAGGCUUAAAGUGAGGCAUACGCUUGCUGAAUUGGGGCCCCCGUGGCCCAAUUUCCCCACCUGUUCAAUGGGGAUCAUGAUACUUGCUCAUUUUUUGCAAAGCUCUUUGAGAUCUUAGCAUGGAAGAUACCAGAGCAGGGGAAAGUAUUUUUUAUUAUUGGCCCUUGGCUGGGUUGCAACUCAGGCACUGAACCGAAGACCAACUGCCUUCCACUGCCAGAGAACGGCAGCUAGCUGUAGACCCCCCCCCCCCCACUCUAAAGUACAUGAGCAACUCAUAUGCAGAUGUUGCUUGGCAAUGGGCUAAUUGUCCAUUCCUGCCCUUCUAUGGGGCUCCUCGUGGCUCCAUCAUAGCCUGUCUUACCCACAUGCUCCCUUCCAGCCAGCCCACUGGAUAUACUUUGAUAGGACACUCUUCCAGAGUGAGCUUGCCUUCAGGAGCCCACCUCUCAAGUGUGGGCCCAUAACAGAACAGCUCAAACAAGAGAUUUGGAUGCCUGUCUUACACACAAAGUGCUGCACUGCGCAUCUGCAUCUGUUGGAUGUUCUGUCCAAGCUUUGCCCAUGGAUCAUUCUCCAGCCCCAAAGCCCUAUAUUAUCAAGAGGAUUCCCUCUGAUGUUGUGAGGCCAGCAACAGUAGUUCAGGAAUGUCUUCUGGGGCAGCUUCUCCACCCUACGGGGAAGAUGAUUCUUCCUUGUCCCACUGAAGCAAGUAGGAAUUUUGGCAUAGACUUGCAUGGGACGGGACUGGGCCCAUAGAUCUCUGGGCUUCAGAAUAACCCCAACUGGAAAUUCAACAGAAUUCUGAUUUUUGAUUACAAAGGGCAUUAACCACACCUAAUGCUGGAUUUCAGAUCAAGGAACUAUAGCACUGGGAUUAUAGAUGGUUCUUCGAUGGCAAAACCCCUUUCUGAUGGAUAGAUUUAGGGCUUCUGGGCUGGAUCCUCCUCUGGUGUAAAUCAGUAUAGCUCUGUUGCCUUAAUUACGCCAUUGACUUUGAUAGAGCUACACCAACUCUCUCUCCCCACCAUCCUUCACAGAUGCUGUGCAGAAUGGGUGAUGGGGUUUGUUGUUACCUAACUCCAGCUGUGGGUCAGCACUGCACCUCAUCCUCUUUAAAGGCCACAGUUAACAGAAUCAAGCCAUGCCCAGUCUCCAGGACAAAUCAGCUCCUGCGUGUUCACUUCACUUUUCUUCCCAGUGGUGAGUGAUCAAUGUGCAUUGAUAAGAUAGAGUCAAUGCUCAGCAUUCCCAUAAUCUCUCAUGAUAUAACAUUGGUAUCAGCAUAGGGGAGAGAGAACUUGGACUGGUUGGUUACUGGUUACAGAAGAGAAACAAUAUGUUUUAGUGAGAGAGGAUCAGGAGAAAGGAAACUAAAUCCCAUUGGGCAAGCAGUUAUCAGGGUAGUCAAAGAGUUCUGCACUAGCCCAGUGCUUCUCAAGCUAUGUGAUGUGGGGGGGACCGGCAAUUUUUUUUCCCCAAUGUGCGCGCAGACCAGCAGCCGAUGGCUGUUGGACCGGCACCGGUCCGCGGACCACCACUUUGAGUAGCGCUGCACUAGGCCAUACUGGACCAGGCCCUAGAUUAUACAGUGUCUGUAUGUAACACUUCUACAUUACCUCUUUCCCUGUCUCAGAGUCCACUCCCUCCACAUCCUUAGGAAUAUACAUGACAUUUAUUGGUGGGGUUUCUGUGUCUAGCACAGCUGAACCCCCUACCGCUUCCAGUUGUGCGGCUGGUCCUGAGGGGCUGCCCUUUGUGUCUUUCCAUUGAAAGAAUUGGUUCCCAACACCAUCAAGAAUUGUCAGUCGUGGGGGGCAGGGGUGGGGGGUUGGGUUUGUUUUGUUUUUUUGUGGUUCUUUUGCAAAAUGUAUGGCAGAAGGACAGAAAUGCCUAUUGUACUGGCUGCUUUGUGUAUACCAUGUAUACUGUACAUCAGUCUUUGCUGUUUGUGCAUUGAUAGCAAACCUGAAAUAAAGUGGUAUUUAAAAGUUUCAUCUGAUUCUUUGGGGGUAUGGGUCCGUGCAUUCUGCCUACUUGGGAGCAGAAACUGGCCAUACUCUCAGCCUAACCCUACUAGGGUUAGACUUUUAUUCCAUACGGGUGUAGUCUUCACACAUGUUAACUGGUCAAGGUACACCCUAAAGAGCCUAAAGUUUAUGGUAAGGAGCUAGCAUGUAUCAAACAACAAGCUUGGCUUACCUACAUGGAGGCUGGCAGAAUGAAAUUUGUUUUUAAAUAUAAUUUCAGAUAUACUGAUGUUUAAAAUAAAAAAUUAAAAAAAAAAGGUUAAAACAAUCAAUUUAUGUGUUCACAGUUGUGUGAGGGGCGGGUCAGACAAUCUGACAGUAGAGAUUCAAGAAGUUAGCGCUUUAUAACUGUUAAAACAGAGUUUACAGUGGAGCACCUCUGAGGCCAGGCUGAUGUGAUGGAC